ACAGCUGACUGUGUGUCGAGUUUUGUUUUAAUUUUUCAAAUUACGCUAGGUAGAGAAUGCGCGGAGUGUGUUGUGUGGUUUCUUGGUGGUGGUGAUGGUGGUCGGAUGAUUAAUGCGUUCGAAGUGUGAUCGGUGGCCAAUUGGCCAUUGAUUAUUGAUCUGGAAAAAAUGAAAAAUUGUUAAUUUGUGAACGAAUUAAUUCAUUGCUAGAUCUACUCGUACUUACUAGUCUACAGUCCAAACACCAAAAAGUGCUCUAGAAACCGAAUGACGUUGUCGAAAUGUCAUACAUUCAUUCAUGAAUUUUUCAAGUCAAAAUUUUCAUGAAAUGCUCAAAAAAAAUUUCAUUGAGAUUUCAGUUUUUCUCGUGAAAUUUCAACCUACUUCGAUAGGUCGCACGGUCACGUUGUUGAAAUGUCAUACAUAUUCAUACAAUUUUUUCCGCUCAAAAUUUUCACGAAAUGCUCAAAAAAAAUUUUUAUUGUGAUUUUCGCUUUUCUCGCUAAGUUUUAACCCACUUUGAUAGGUCACAUUGUCGAAAAGUCAUACAGUCAAUUUUUUCAUGAAAUGGCCCGGAUAUGUAACCUUGAAAUUUCACUGUGGGUCAUUGUGCCGGCCGUUUUGGACAAUGGCGGUCUCUAUCAGCGUGGGAUGAAUGGAUGUAAUCAUGUUGGUGCGUAUUUUUUGUCCCGAAGGUCUUAUUACUUCACAAAGUCGUUUUUGUGUGAAAAAGAGCCAAAAUUGGCAAAAAAAUUGCCUUUAUAAAGCUCUGGAAGGCAACUGUGCUGGAGCCCACUCAAAAAAAAUAUAUAUCUAUACUUGGGAGAGUGUCCUCUACCAAAUUAAAAAAAAAUUUGUCCCCGGCAAACUUCGAAAAAUGGGGGUUUUGAGGCUCCAGCUCCCUAUUGUGCUGACCAGAAAAUCCGAAAUGUCCAUUUUCUUGAAUGCUAAUGAGAUACUAACAAAAAACCUACUCUUUUUUUUGUUCUCAAAAACGGCUCACUCAAAUGAUACUUUUUCGCACUUGGACUGUAGACUAUACCUAACCUUACUUAUUGUUUGGGAUAUUAAAUCUAUACUCUUGGUUAUCUGCACCUAAACAUUUAUAUGUAGUAUCAAAAUAAUAGGAAAAAAAUGUAGAAAAAUAUUGAAUAAAUAAAAUGAACAAGUUCCUAAAUAAUUCAUUCAAAUAACGUUUCCAUUCUUGUUCAUUUUUUUUUUUUUUUUUUUUAAUUAAAAUAAUUACUUAUUUUAUUCUGUAGGAAUUUUUUUCAAAAAAUUGUCACCAAAUUUACUCUUCAUCAAAACCACCAAAUCUCUGUACAACUUCAUUCGAUCAAACUUGCCACGAACACCGACGAAGACGAAAAUUAAUAAAACUUCCAUUGGAUAAUAAUUUUUAGGGUGGAGACAAUACGGUCGCCGAACAAUAGGGAAGCUUGAAGUUUUAUUCGAGGGUUAGCAAGGUGGAUGCUGACUCUGUCAGACAAUAAGUUGGGUCAACCUGACACAUCCCUCCCCCAAAGAAUACCACUAAGUAAUAUAUAAUCACUUGUGAAUUGCUAUCAUACAACUUUUAUAGCUCGCUGAAAUAUGUUUUUAACUCUCCGAUGUAAUUGAUCUCGUAAUUUUAACACGAUCGGACGUCGCUUUCCAAAUGAUGUUCCCGAUGAUACCGCAGUAUUUUUUCGCUAAACCAUCCGAAUGUGGUGCUGGUUUCAGUUCCGGUGUGGCCGAUAAAAUUUGUGAUAUUGCUAAAAAUCCUGUAAGGGUUAGAAAAAAAUUUAAGAUUAUUGUCGCGAGUGUUGUCGAUGUUGAUGUCGAGUCUGCGAGUAUUCCGGUCGACGAACUGCUCAGGAAUGCUGACGAAAAGCUGGAAGAAAUUCGAGUGUACUCCGAAGACAACGUAUUGAAGACUGAUACCAAAACCUGGUCGUGGCUCAAACAAGUGCCUUUAGCUGAAGACUGCCAUAGUUGUAAUGUGAUUUUAUACCAAGAAUCCGCAUGUCCAAUAAUUAAAAUAAAAACUGUGAGAAAAAUCUUACCCGGUGAAGAACUAGUGGUAUGGUUUUCCGGCGAGCUGCUGUCGAUUCUUCAAAUUCCGCAUUUGUUACCGAAUAAUAUCUUAAGUGAAAAACAAUACAUCUGCCACAAAUGUCGUUUCCAGUGCGAGAUGCCAAACCCUGUAAAAAUCCACCUAUCCCUGGAAUGUGGCAAGUUAUCAAAAACAAUCCUAUGGAAUCGACUCAGAGACCUUCCGAUCAACUCUAACGAGAAACCAAUUUCUCCCAACUCCAUGUCUUUAUACUUCGACCAAAAAUUAGAAAUCAGUAAACCAAAUUCAGCGUUCAAACCGUACAAGAAAGCUGUAAAAGAGGAACCGAAACAAGUCAACGAAAGUAUUCUCGAUGAAAAGAAAAUCAGUCCGGUAGUCGAUAGCCCUAAGAAAAAUGAAACCAUAGUAGAGCUCAACGAAGCUGAUAUUUUGUACCAACAAGCAGUCGAGAUGGAAACCAUAGUUAGCAAUUUGGGUAGAUUCAAGCAGGGUCAUUUGUGCGUAUUUUGUGGAAAAGUUUACAGUCGAAAGUAUGGAUUGAAAAUACAUACGAGAACUCAUACAGGAUUUAGGCCUUUGAAAUGUAAAUUUUGUUUGAGACCUUUCGGCGAUCCUAGUAAUUUGAAUAAACACGUUCGUCUACAUUCGGAAGGAAACACACCGUACAAAUGCGAACUAUGCGGAAAAAUUCUAGUCAGAAAACGGGAUUUAGAACGGCAUAUGAAGUCGAGACAUUAAUUAUUUUAAGCUUAAUUUUCAUGUUACUGGUGUUAUUAUUUCUAAUAAAAUAUUAUUCGUACGAAAGAAAA